CAGACAGCCAGCCAGGGAGGAGGAGGAGAAAGGGGAUUUGAGUUUCUGUGUUGUGAAUGAGCACGUGUCCUCCGAGAGUGUGACUGAGCAGAAAGGCGGGGCGUCGCUGUAUUUGGGGGCCGACCUUCGCGCCACACACCGAUGAUGGAGAGGAGGAGGAUGGACGCAGCACUGCUGGUGCUGUUCCUGGUGCACCGCGCCGCAACACUGGAGGUCCCAUUAGACCCUAAAGUUCUGGAAGGAUUGCCGCAGCCACCGACCAUAACUCACCAAUCCCCCAAGGAUUACAUCAUCGACCCACGAGAGAACAUUAUAAUCCACUGCGAGGCGAAGGGCAAGCCUCCCCCCAGUUUCUCCUGGACCAGAAAUGGCACCCACUUUGACAUCGACGAGGACCCCAAUGUGACCCUGAAGCCCCACUCCGGGACCCUGGUGGUGGACAUCAGCAGAGCGAAGGCCGAGCAUUACGAGUGCGUGUACCAGUGCACGGCGAGGAACAAACAUGGGACUGCCGUUUCCAACAACAUAGUCGUACAGCAGUCCCGGUCCCCCUUGUGGUCGAAGGAGAAAGUCAAGGCAUUAGUCGUUCAGGAGGGCGUGUCCUUGGUGCUGCCGUGCCGACCCCCUGCUGGCCUGCCUCCUCCCAUCAUAUUCUGGAUGGACAAUAACUUCCGGAGGCUGCCGCAGAGCAGCAGGGUGUCCCAGUCUCUGAACGGAGACCUUUACUUCUCCAACGUGCUCCGAGAGGAUUCCAGGAACGACUACAUCUGCUACGCCCGCUUCCCGUACACACAAACCAUCCAGCAGAAACAACCCAUUACCGUCAGGGUCCUCAACCAAGAACCAGCAGAUGAGAGGAAGCCAACCUUCCUCAUCCCAUCUGGCCCCACCAGCUCCAAGAUGGUGUUGAGAGGACAGGUGCUGGAGAUGGAGUGUAUUGCCGAAGGACUGCUCACCCCGGAUGUAUCUUGGACCAAAGUGAGCGGGGACCUCCCAGCCAAGCGCACAUCUUUCCUGCACUACCAGAAGACCCUACGCAUCGUGGACGCGUCGGAAUCGGACGCGGGAGAUUACCGCUGCACCGCCAGGAACCGGCUGGGCUCGGUGCACCACACCAUCCACGUCACGGUCAAAGCUGCUCCAUAUUGGAUCGGUGGCGCCCCCAGGAACCUCGUCCUAGCUCCAGGAGAGAGCGGCGUGCUGACCUGCAGGGCCAGUGGCACGCCCAAGCCCUCCGUCUCCUGGGCCAUGAACGGCAUCCCCAUCGAGAAUUCCCCCAAGGACCUCAGCAGGAAGGUGGAGGACGACACCAUCAUCUUCACAGAUGUGCAGACCGGAUCCAGCGCCGUCUACCAGUGUAAUGUCUCCAAUGACUACGGGUACCUGCUGUCCAACGCGUUCGUCAACGUGCUCUCGGAGACGCCCAGAGUGCUGACACCAGCCAACAAAGUUUACCAGGUCAUCAAAAACCACCAGGCCUUGCUGGACUGCGCUUCCUUCGGGUCACCCAUCCCUAAAAUUACUUGGUUCAAAGACAGCCGGUCCAGUACCCUCGACGGAGACCCUUACAUCCUGCACGACAAUGGGACUCUGGAGAUCCACGUGGCUCAAGCACGCAAUAGUGGCAAAUACACGUGCGUGGCCCGAAACAUCCUCGGUAUCAACGAGAAUCACAUCUAUCUGGAGGUCAAAGACCCCACCCGGAUCCUGAAGCAGCCGGAGUACAAAGUGGUCCAGAUGGGCAGGUCCGUGGUGUUUGAGUGCAAGGUGAAACACGACCCCUCGCUCAUCCCCACCAUGACCUGGCUCAAAGACGACGGAGAGCUGCCCGAUGACGAGAGAUUAAUCGUAGACUCUGACAGCCUCACCAUCACUGAUGUGACAGAGAACGAUGCGGGCGUGUACACCUGCGUCAUGAACACCACUCUGGACCAUGACUCAGCCAGCGCGGAGCUCACUGUUGUCGAGGCCACGACACCAGCUGUUGGCUACGAGCGGCCCGACCCCCCAACUGACCUGGAGCUGACAGACCAGAAAAAGAGGGGUGUUCAGCUCACUUGGAUCCCUGGGGAUGAACACAACAGUCCGAUUCAGAAAUUUCUGAUCCAGUAUCAAGACUCGCUGCACCACCGAGGGCACUGGCAUAAUCUCACCGAGGUCCCCGGCACCAGGACCACAGCUCACCUCAAACUGUCGCCCCACGUCCACUACACCUUCAGAGUGUUGGCCCUCAACGCUGUGGAUUUCAGCCGCCCCAGCUUCCCCUCCAGAGGGUUUAAGACAGAACCUGCAGCUCCAGACGAGAACCCAACCGGUGUCCAGGGAUUUGGAACGGAACAUGAUAAUCUUGUAAUUUCAUGGAAGCCGCUGUCAGGCCUCCAGUCAAACGGCCCGGGGCUUCACUACAGAGUGAUGUGGAGGCAGAAGGUGGUGGACAGCGAUUGGACCACAGUGACUGUGGCGAACAACUCCAAGUUUGUUGUGUCUGGAACGCCCACAUUUGUUCCUUAUGAGCUCAAAGUUCAGGCAGUGAACGACUACGGAGCGGGACCCGAGCCCGCUGUUGCCCACGGCUACUCGGGAGAGGACUUGCCAGUAGCAGCUCCAGAUCAUGUGCAGGUCAUGUUGAUAAACAGCACUCUGGCAGAGGUACAUUGGGAUCCCGUGCCCUCUAAAUUAAUACGAGGACAUCUCAAAGGAUAUAAGGUGUACUACUGGAGAAAGCACAGCCUCCACAAACACAACCCCGAUCUUGUGGAGAACCAGAUCCUGACCUUCAGUGGGAACCACACCCACAGGAAGCUGCCAGGCCUGCACCCCUUCAGUGUCUACUCCUUAAACGUCAGGGUGUAUAACGGCAAGGGAGAGGGUCCCCCCAGCCCCGACCUGCAGUUCAACACACCGGAAGGAGUGCCGGGUGCUCCUACUUCCCUGGUCGUCACCAACCCCAACCUGGACUCUCUGACCCUCGAAUGGAGUCCUCCUCAUGACCGUAAUGGACGCAUCACCGGCUACACCCUCAAAUAUCAGCCAGUCAAUAACUCCAAUGAGCUGGGCCCAGUGGAGGAGCUGGCCCUGCCGGCCAAUGAGACCUCAGUCACUUUGCCGAACCUCAAGUACAGCACGCGCUACAAGUUUUAUUUGAAUGCGAAAACAGUCAGGGGAGCAGGCGUGGCCAUUUCUCAGGAAGCUGUCACCGUCAUUGAUGAAGCGCAGCCUGUGAGUGCUUUCAGGAACAUUAGCUCCUUGUCUGGAGAGGACGGGACGCUGAUCAGUUGGGAGUACUGGGGCCCCGAGCAAAACGUUUAUGUAAAAUACAGAGUGCAAAACAGUGAAGAGGAGUGGCAGGAAAAGCUUGUGAACGGCACUCAGAAUGUUAUGCUGAAGGGCUUAAAGGGGGGCCUCUCCUAUAGCGUGCGUUUGGUGGCCAAAGAUCACCACGACCAGCCGCUCCACCUCUCUAAAGAGCUGGUGGUCUCGGUCCCAGCUGUGGCUAGCAGACAGGUGGACAUCGCCACUCAGGGAUGGUUCAUUGGCCUCAUGUGUGCCAUCGCUCUGCUCAUCCUGAUCCUCCUCAUCAUCUGCUUCAUCCAGAGGAAUAAGGGAGGAAAGUACCCUGUCAAAGAGAAGGAGGACGCUCACACAGACCCAGAGUUCCAGCCAAUGAAAGAUGAAGACUGCACUUUUGGGGAAUACAGUGACAAUGAGGACCAUAAACCGUUAAAAGGGAGCCGCACGCCGUCUAAUGGGACAGUUAAGAGAGACGACAGUGACGACAGUUUAGUUGACUACGGGGAAGGAGGAGACGGACAGUUCAACGAGGACGGCUCGUUUAUCGGCCAGUAUAGUGGAAAGAGUGCCAGCAGGGAGACGGCUGAGGGCCACGAGAGCUCGGAGGCCCCGUCCCCUAUUAAUACCAUGAACUCCCUGAACUCAUUCGUGUAG